AUGGGGGUUUUGAAGUUCUUAACUCAGGAGGGAGGCUGUUCAGCUGCUUCUUCCUCAGAUCUGCAACCUCCUCCUUCAGCCAUUCAUGGGGUCACACAGCCAUUCAAGGAGACCUUCUACCCAGUGGCGGAUCCACCAUGGGGUCAGACGACCCCAUGGCAGCCCUGGAAAUGGCUUGGAGGUUCUUGGUUUCUCUUGGCAACCAUGGGAGACGACCCCAUGGAGAAGAAGAUGCAAGCUGCUAGGGAGAAGAAAUAG